CGCCUGUGAGGAUUUCACGGAAGGACAGGAAUGUAAAUGUACUUGCAAAUAAAUGGAACAGUGUGUUUUUAUCACUUCCAACUGACUAAAUGAAACUCUGCGUAUCGCUCCCCAUACCCCAGGUAUACUUUCACUUGGAAGCAUUCCAAUGUGCUUUCUGAUGGUCUCAUUUGGGCCUGCAUUGGGUCUUCCCUUAAUCCCUUCCCCCAAACACUUUGCCGCCCUGUCAUCUCUCUCUUAUGCUCAGUCGGAGAUUGGAGGUGGACGCGAAAGGGAGCACCCAAGCUGGUCGUCGCUCCUCCUCUCUCCAUGUCCAGUACACAAGCAACGCUGCUCAGUAACGCCGUUUGCUCGCCAACACUGCCUCCUCGACUUAGCCUGCUAUCCUCCCCGUGAAAUCCACCCUCCUCUACGACCGCCUGCUCUCCUCCCGUUGAAACCCACAAUCCUCGACUCCAUGUGUCCUCAUCCGGAAAACCCAUAAUCCUCUCCUCCCGGCAAAACCCACCUGCUUAGACUUCAUUUCCUUUCCUCCUGGCAAAACCCACAAUUCUCUCCUGGCAAAACCCUGAAUUCAUGAUUCUAACUGUCGCCUCUCUUACGCCAAGUCAGAGAUUUGUGGUGGAAUGCAAAAGGGAGCACCCAAAUUUGACCGCCUUCUGCCCCAAAAUCAAUUCGGAACUCAAGAUCUGUAGGCGGCAAGUGCAAUGGGUACAGGGGUUAGGCGGUAUGUGUGAAGCCCACUAAGAUUCAAUUUAAUAGCAUUAUCAGAAUCUGAAGCUUUCUGCUUAUUUGCUAAUUUUGGUAAGUUCCUUCUUUUGGUCUAUAAUGUAGGCGUGUUUGAAGUUCGACCAUGGCAAUGUGAAACUAAUCCGACGGAAGAAUUCCCAGAAUACAGUAAAAAUUAUACA